AUGCCCAAUCAGCCUACAAGUGUCCAUCACUUUUAAGGGUGCUGGUCAAGGUCUAUGCUCCACUAUUACUGUCUGCUCAAGUGAGUCUAAUUUAAGCAUCAAAGGAAUUGGCUUUCCAAAUGUAUAUCCUGAUGGAAGGGGUCAAGGUCACAUAAUUUCAGAAACUUUGUCUUUCUUUAAUGGAAUUUUUUUUUAAUGAUGUAGGCGUAGGCUUACAUUUUUUUUUAUCAAGUUUUCCUAUUUCUUAAGAUUUGAACAUUUAUUAACAUGUCUUCCUUUAAAACAGUUGAUAAAAACGAUUGCUGACUUGCUGACUUUUGCUACACCAAAAAUAACAGAGUAAGUUGAGCUUUAAUGGAUGGGAGGGUUUAUGAGAGGGUCGAUACGUGUAAGGUUAAGAUAUAGGAUAUAUUUUUAUAUAUUUAAUUUAUCAAAUAUAAUUACGUGCAAUAGAUUUGGUCCAGUUUUUCAAUUAUUUCUCUCUCAAAGGGAUAAGAAUUUACCCAAAGCUGGUGAAUUCUUUUCCUGGAAAACUAUGAAAACUUUAUAAAGCUAUAUUGAUUUUUUUUCAUUUAGGUACCCUUAAAUGAUUUAGUUAAUAAUUUUUAAAGAUAAUUUACACUAAACCUACACCACCAAUUAUUUUGAAUUAGAAUGGUAGGCCUAUAUUUAAAAAACUUAACAAAAAAGUUUGCAAAAUGAAAAUGUGCAAUUUAAAAAUAGAGAUAAUGGAAGCAUUAUUUUAUUCUAUGAAACUAGUUUAACGUGCAAUCAGUUGCAUGUUUCGGAAGUGUGUUAAAAUCUCUUACUAAUAACUCUUUCUAUUUAUUUAUAUAGAAUAAAUAUACUCCCUAAUGAAUUCGUGUUUUUCUACAGAUCAUUGCUCGAUUACAUAGCCAAUAAAGACACAGAGAGACCAUGGAAAGGUUAUGUUUUAGCUACGUCCUAUUUUGUUGUCCAAACUCUGGCAUCUGUUGGAUCUAAUCAGGCCAUAUUGGCAAUGAAAAGGAUGGGCAUGAAGG